CUUCUUGAAUCUUUCCAAAUCCCCCCCACAGAACCAAGUCAACAUGGACUCCAAUCCCUUUCCAGCAAGACCGCUCCCCUCCAGUGAGGAUCUCAAGCAAUUCUAUGUCGGCAAGGACGUCAAUGACGUGCCUAAGCCGGCAGUCAUUCUCGAUGUCGCUAUCAUAAAAAGACACUGUCAAGCCAUGCUGGACGCAGCCAAGGCGCUGAAUGUCGGAUUCCGAGCCCACAUCAAGACCCAUAAAACACCACAAGCCACCCGCCUGCAGGUGGGAGAAGAGAGCCAGGAAGUUAACCUGGUGGUCUCCACGGUCCUAGAGGCUGAGAUUCUCGUACCACUUCUCAAGGAAUUCCAAAGCGCUGGACGCUCUGUCAAUGUUCUCUAUGGCAUCCCCCUCGUGCCGUCGCAGGUCACCCGUCUAGCCUCGGUAGCCCGCCACCUGGGCGAAAAAAGCAUCUCGGUCAUGAUUGACCAUCCGGAUCAAGUCGACUUGCUGGAAGCCUUUCAUGAGGUCGCCGGACUUGCAGCCUGUGUUUUCUUGAAGGUCGACUCGGGGUACCACCGAGCCGGGCUUCCGCCGAACAUGCUCAACAAGAAUGGGCUGCUUGAGAAGGUCACUGCAGCGGAAAAGCAGGGGCACGCGUCGCUUCUGGGACUGUACUCCCACAACAGCUCGAGCUACUCAGGAACUACCCCGGAGGAGCUCAUGUCUUAUCUGAACGAGGAGAUUUCCGGCUGCAAGGAAGCCUUGAAGAAAAACCUCCAUCUUCUCCCCACGGACAGGGAGUUGGUCAUCAGUGUGGGAGCGACGCCUCAGGUGGUAUCGUCGCAGCAUCUUCUGCAGAACUCUCUUAGCUCGGGAGCAGAAGCCCUGAAGACCUUAAUCGUCGAUCCGGCUCACGAUGUCAACGCGAAGGUCAAGAUCGAGCUUCAUGCGGGUGUCUAUCCGUUCCUCGACAUGCAGCAACUGGGGACUAAUGUUCACAAGACGCAAGACGCUGAGAAUGAGAUCGGCAUAUCUGUGAUUGCUGAAGUGUGCAGUGUGUACAACGAUGGAGAGCGAUUGAAAUCUGAAGCGCUAGUGGCUGCAGGCACUUUGGCUCUGGGUAGAGAGCCGAGUGCGACUUAUUCUGGUUGGGGCAUCAUUAGCACCUGGAGAAGGAAAGCGGGCGCUUCCCGACUGAUCGUGCAACGCAUCAGUCAGGAGCAUGGGAUUAUCACCUGGGAAAAUGAUGGCGAAUCGAAGAUUCCCCUCAAGAUCGGCCAGUCCGUGAAAAUCUUCCCCAACCAUGCUUGCAUCACUGGUGCUCUGUAUGGAUGGUAUCUGAUUGUGGAUUCCAGCCAGGAUGGCGAUGGAUCCAAGAUUAUCGAUGUCUGGCCGAGAGCGACAGGAUGGUAGACUAAGAUUCGAGUUCUUUCCCAUAUCACACCUCUGAACUUGUGUAUAUACUUGUUUGAAUGUCC